AGAGAGCUUUGAGUUACAACAAGCAGCUAGAAUGUUUCAAAGCGAUCUAAAACUCUAUGUUAAUGUUUUAAAUCGAAAGCUAAUAAUAUUUUCGGAAUCGUGAUUUAUCCUCUCUGCAAUUUCUGCAGAAAAGUAUGAAAUAAGUUUGAGAUUCGUCAGUGCGCAUAAAAUGCUUUAGAAGAAGAGUUUUUGGUAAACGAAUAUUCCCCAUUGCAAUUUAUUUAACCAUGGCCCUAGGCGGGACGGCUCUUGUUGAUGGAGCAGCAAUUGUUGAGAAGACUAAAUCGACUGUUGAACGGGAAAGAUGGGAUAAGAAAAUUGAAUUUUUAUUGGCAGUCGUGGGAUUUGCUGUCGAUUUAGGAAAUGUGUGGAGAUUUCCUUAUAUCUGUUUUAAGAAUGGCGGAGGUGCAUUCUUGAUUCCGUAUCUCGUCAUGUUGAUUUUCUGUGGCUUACCUCUGUUUUAUAUGGAACUUGCCCUUGGCCAAUUUCAGAGAUGUGGUUGUUUAACGGUUUGGAAUCGAAUAUGUCCCGCAUUCAAAGGGAUAGGGUUCGCCAUCAUUGUCAUAGCAACAUACAUUUCCUGGUAUUACAACACUAUCAUCGCUUGGUGUGUGUACUAUUUCUUCUCGUCAAUGCAAGAAGAUGUUCCCUGGAAGACAUGUGAUAAUGAAUGGAAUGAGAGAUACCGCUGUAUGAGAUACCCAACAGACGACAGACUCAACAGCACCACGGGAUUGUUCUGUUAUACUGCACAUAACACCACAUCGUGUAUCUUUCAAAACCAAACUCAGACCUCAACGGAACAAUAUUUCGAGAGGGAAGUUUUAGGAUUACAAUAUGCCGAUGGAAUAAAUCAUGUAGGAGGUGUAAAUUGGAUGAUAGCUUUGUGUCUACUCGGUGUUUUUGUCAUCGUUUAUUUUGCCAUGUGGAAAGGCAUCAAGAGUUCGGGGAAGGUUGUGUGGGUGACCGCGACAAUGCCGUACGUCGUACUGUUCAUCUUGUUGAUCCGUGGCUGUAUGCUGGAGGGCUCCAUGAAAGGAAUUAUUUACUAUGUGACCCCGGUUUGGAAUGAAAUCGCCAAAACAGACGUCUGGAUAGCGGCAGCGGCACAGAUUUUCUUUUCCCUGGGACCUGGUUUUGGAGUUUUGUUAGCUCUCUCUAGCUAUAACAGACUCAACAACAACUGUUACAAGGACGCUCUAAUAACCAGUUCCAUCAACUGCUUCACAAGUUUUUUUGCCGGCUUCGCUGUAUUUACCGUUCUUGGUCACAUGGCAACAAUUCAAGGCAAAGAAGUCCGGGAUGUAGCGAGAGACGAUGUGGGGCUGAUAUUCAUCGUAUAUCCAGAAGCCAUAUCCACUCUACAGGUUUCACCGCUAUGGGCAAUACUGUUCUUUUUAAUGUUCAUCACUCUCGGACUAGAUACAACAUUUGGAGGAUUAGAGGCUAUUUGCACGGGGGUUCUAGACGAAUGGCCAGUCCUACGGAAACACAGAAAGCUGUUUGUUCUUUUUCUCAUUAUAUACUGCUUUGUCGGGGCCCUAGCUACAACCACAUAUGGAGGCAUACACGUUGUUCAGCUGCUUGAUUCUUAUGUUGCCCCGAUUGCCCUCAUCUUUGUGGUGUUCUUGGAAGCUGUCUCCGUCUCAUGGAUUUACGGUGUGGAACGGUUUAGUGAUGACAUCAAGUCUAUGCUUGGCUUCAAACCUGGCAUUUUUUGGAGAGUCUGCUGGCAGUUCCUUAGUCCCGCAAUACUGCUCUUCCUUUUCAUCAUGUCGUUGAUUAGUCACGUGCCACAGCCGUAUGCACAAUAUACCUACCCAUCUUGGGCGAUUUCCAUUGGCUGGAUUAUAGUGAUGUCGUCGCUAAGUUUCAUCCCAGGAUAUUUCAUCUAUAGGCUCAUGAUCACUCCUGGUACCUUUCGGGAAAGACUGAGAGCAGUGUUUACCCCUAUAGAAGUGCCAGACCAUGGAUACGCGGAACCAGUUCCUGUCUAAACCAUCCGAAAAUCGUUGAUGUUGCUUUUCUGUUGUAUAUUCUCUCUGACACAAAAUAUAUAUACAUGUAUUAAAAAAAGAAGAGUCUACAGGAAGUAGUGUAUCUGGAUAUAGCAGAAGUAUUUUCGUGAGUUUUGUUGUAGGGAUAUUCAAAAAUGUUAUGCAAAAUGUCAAAACAUUUAUAUGUUAGUAUGUUUCUAUCUGGCUGCAAUUAUUUUCAUCAUUCCAUGUGAUUUGAAAUAUAUUUCCUCAGUAUACAAAUAUUAAUAGUAAAAAAAGUAAAAGCAAACACUAGGAUGAUGGGAAAAUGUGGGAGGGAGUUUUUAAAUGCAAGCAUCGGAAAUUUAUUCAAGAGCACGGAGUGGUUGAAGGGUAAUGUGCUCACCUGACCGACCCCCACAAUUAUCAGUACUAGUCUAGAUUAUUAAAAUAGUCGAAUCGCCUAAUUCUUGGAAUUUUAGGGUAGUUUUCUGGGGGGGGGGGGGGGGGGGUUAUUGUCUAGCAGCUUUCGAUUUUCAAAUUAUAAUGCAGACUAUACUCUACCACGAAUACUGAAUACAAAUUGCUAUAUGCCUGUAAAUAUUGUGUACAACUACAUGUCAGUCAACUCAUUUGUUAAUUUGGACUUUUUUAUAUGAUAAAUUUCUGUUUUUAUUUAGAAUGUUACAAAUGUAUAUAUGUAUUUCAAUCAUGGUUCAUACCGCAGUUGAUAUGAUAUAUACGUGAUAACACUGUGUACUAAAUUAUUAUAACUUUUCCAUGUGCAUCAGGGACGAUAUAGAUGGGUCAAGGAACAUAUUGCUCUUGCAGUUCCUACAUGAUAUUUGUACAUGUAUGUGGAACAAGAACCAAAAUCAUUUUUGUCGAUAGAACGGAGCAGAAACCUUUUAGGUAUCUUAGGUGACCCAUUGUGUUUAGUAGUCUGCUGUCGUCCGUCGUGCGUUAACAUUUGAAUAUAAUCAACGUCUUCUCUGGAAGUACAUGGCCAUUUUCAUAGAAAUUGUUAUUUUGAUGGUUCCAGGGCUUUAAGAUUCAUAUAGAAUAAGGUUCAUAUAUAUUUCUUUAAAAAUAUUCUUCUUAGCUCCUGGACAUCAAACAAUAAAACUAAGUACAUACAUGUAGUAAUGAUAAGAAGAGAAACCUUUGCCAAAAUUGUGAAGUAGUUCACUGGCUAAGUGAUUCUGGUACUACUUAAGAUGGGGCUUUAUGUCUCAUAGAGUGAAACUGAUUUCUCUAUAAAUCUGAAUCUUCAUCAAAUUUCGCAUGGAUUACCUUUUGGGUAAGGGGAAAUAAUUUUUUGUCUUUCAUGGUCCCUGCACUUCUGGAGAGUGGGGGUUGAGGUCAAAACUAUAAAAUGAUGCAUUCUUUAAAACUCUUCUUACAUGUAACUCAGGGACAUAUAGCAGACAAACUGUGUGUAUAAUCAAGACGAGCAAGGAUACCUCUACUAAAAUUGUGUAAUUCAUAUCCCUUGUGCGAGGAGUUCUAGAAAGUUCAUAAAGUGAAAAUGCAAUAAUUCUUUUAAAAUUUUGUUCUUAACUCGCAUUGUAGAAUUAAACUGAAUACACUGAGAAGUCUUUGCCAAAAUUAUGGAAUAUUUUGCACCCUGGGUCAGGGGUUCUGGAGCUAGGGUGGGACUUUAUAGCUCUUAUAGUGAAAAUUGAUUAUUUUUUAAAAAUAUUUUUUCUCUGAAAGUACGCGUUGAUUUUCCAUCAAGUGUAUGAAACAUUUUCGGUUUAAGGGAAACUAAAGUUGUGAAUUUCAAGGUCAUUGCACCUGUGGGGCCUGAGAUUCGGGAUCAAAACCUCAAAGUCUUUAAGUCUUUUUUAUUCAGGGAAAUCUAGUUGACAAACUUUGUGUAUAAUUCUGAAGAGCAAGGAUGCUUCUACUAGAAAAAUGAAAUCCAUAGAGGUUAUAUUGCUAGGGCGGGGCUUUAUAGCUAAUAAUGAAAAUGUGUAUAUCCCUUAAAAUCUUCGUUACCCCUGCAUAGCUUGAAGAAAAAAUAUAUGCAUGGUUAUGAAGAGCAUGGUUCUAUCUACUAAAUUAUAAAAAAUAUAAUCCCUUGGUCAGAGGUUUAGGCUUUAGGGCGGGGUCUCAAGAGUUAUUUUAUGAAAAUGCAUUUGAUUUCAAGAAUUUCUUUUCUUUUCACAUCUGUGUAUCGUGAAGAAAUUCUGUGUGGAUGGUUAUAAAAAUAACCUACCGCCAUCUACCAAAAUUGUGAAAUAAGGAAAAGAGAGAUAAUACACUUUAUCAUGUAAAAUAAUCGUCUUUACUUCACUGCAUUGUGACAAAAUACUAUAUGUAUGCUUAUGAGGAGAAUGAAGACUACUCCCGAAAUUGUAGAAUUCAUUACCCCUAGGCAAAUCACAGAAGCUUCAAUGAAAUAGUGAAAACACAGUAUAAGUAUUUUUUUUUCAAACGAUCCUUUACACCCUUAACCUUGGAAAGCUAAGAACACUUUAUUUUUAUUUUUGAAAAAACAUUCGACGUUUGAUUGAACUGUCCAUGGAAAAGUUGCUGCAUUUUACUCAGAUGACCGUUAAGGCCAUGUGCCUCUUCAAACUUCGAAGCACACGACGUCUCGUACAUGCAGAAUACACAUAAUGAACAUGCAUGUUGAAUAUGCAAGACUGUGAAUAAUGCAUGUAGAAAUACCGAGGAUGAUUUUUAGUUGAAAAGUUAACUAUGGAAGACUGAGGGUGUGGGUAAUGCAGGGCACUGAUUCUUCUAGUGUCGCCUUUACAGAAUGGCAUAGACUGUUGAAAAAUGUGUAUGUAUUGUUAUGUAUGUACAGUAGUUUAUAUAUAUAUAUAAUUAUAUAUUGAUGUUUUAUCAGUGUAUGUUCUAAUAUAAAUUUUUACAUUAUUUAAAGCGCUGCAAUACUUAGUAUCAUUGAAAUAAUUAUUUAAGCAAUAUUGUCCAAUAAUAAAUUAUAUAGGCAAU